AUGUUCAUGGAGAACCCACACGUGGGGGAUAGAACGCACGUUGAGGAUUGGCGUAUUAUUGGAUACAACCCCCUUACACCACCGGACCUUCUUCAGUCGCAAUUCCCUCUUUCGAAACAGUCCGAAAAGACCAUUUUGAGAGGAAGAGAAGAAGCUUGCGAUAUUCUUAACGGUAAGGACGAUCGUCUUAUCAUAGUCGUGGGGCCAUGCUCUCUUCACGAUCCUAAGGCUGCCGUUGACUACUGUGACAGGCUUGCCAAGUUGAGCAGCGAGCUGAAGGAUGAUCUUCACAUUAUUAUGCGUGCAUAUCUCGAGAAACCAAGAACCACUGUUGGUUGGAAGGGACUCAUUAACGAUCCAGACAUCGAUGGAACCUUCAAGAUCAACAAGGGACUGAGAAUAGCCAGAGAGCUGUUCGUGAACUUGACCACGAAGCUGCCAAUUGCCGGAGAGAUGCUCGACACGAUUUCCCCACAAUUCUUGAGUGACUGCUUCUCUUUAGGAGCAAUCGGUGCCAGAACCACCGAGUCCCAGCUUCACAGAGAGCUUGCAUCUGGUCUUUCGUUCCCAGUUGGCUUCAAGAAUGGAACUGACGGAACAUUGAGUGUUGCUGUUGAUGCUCUUCGUGCCGCUGGACACUGCCAUCACUUUCUUUCUGUCACAAAGCCGGGUGUCGUGGCAAUUGUGGCCACAGAGGGCAACAAGGAUACAUUUGUCAUCCUGAGAGGCGGUAAGAACGGCACGAAUUUUGAUGCUGAGAACGUUGCCAUUGCCGAAAAGUCGCUUGAGGCUGCAAAAUGCGUCAAACCAGGCGAGGCUCGUAUUAUGGUGGAUUGCUCUCAUGGAAACUCGCAGAAGGACCACAGAAACCAGCCAAAGGUUGCUGCAAACGUUGCCAAACAGAUCGCAUCGGGAAACACGCACAUCUGUGGUUUGAUGAUAGAGUCGAAUAUUGUCGAAGGACGCCAGGAUAUUCCACCAGAAGGAGGAAAGGACAAGCUUAAGUACGGAUGCUCGAUAACCGAUGCUUGCAUAUCCUGGGAGGAUACAGUGACGGUGCUCAAGGAGUUGGCAGCUGCCGUCAGAAGCAGGAGAAGUGUUGUUGCUGAAAAGAAGAGCCAACAGUAA